AUGUACACUUCGGACGAUCGUGGAAUAGUGUACACUAAAUCUCUGGACAGACAUUUGUUUGACGGCCAUCGGAAAAGUGACUUCACCAACAUCACUUCGUUGAGGGGGGCUUACCUCACAAACAGACUGGCCAAGUCUGUCCCCACAAAUGAAGCCAAUGUGGAACCUUUUAUUAAAUUCUUGAAAGAGAUUGAAGAUGGCUCUGUGGUGAUGAUGGCCUCAUUUGAUGAUCCUGCAACAAAGUUGAAUGAUGAAGCACGGAAACUGAUUGCAGACUUGGGCAGCUCCAUUAUCUCACAGUUGGCUUUCCGAGACAACUGGAUCUUUGUGGGCGGCAAGGGAAUUAAAACAAAGAGUCCAUUUGAGCAGCAUAUAAAGAACAGUGCAGACACCAACAAAUUUGAUGGAUGGCCUGACGUUCUGGAGAUGGAGGGCUGCAUACCUCAGAAAAUCUAG